AAAUUGACCAAUUGGAAGCAAGGAAGUUAGAGAUAAGGGAAAACUUGAAUGUGUUGACCCAUAGAAAGAGCCCUUUGAUUAGACCGCGAUACAACAACGUCGUGCAAUUGAUGAACGAUGGCGAAAUUGAAUUAUACGAGCUGAACAAAAAGAGAGUGGUGUUGUUUGAGAUAUCUCAUCGCAGUUCAGAAGCAUCAGAUGAACCAGAAAUAAUCAACACGACAUAUAAAAAGUUUUUGAGCAGCAGGCGUGAGUACAUGGCAAAAAGAAGUGAGGUGGCAGUUCUGAAUUACACUUGUACUAUUUUGAAAGAUUUGUGCGAGAUCGAAUCAAGUGUCCGCACAGCCCUCAUUCGAUGCUCAAGUGCCCAAGAAGAGGAACUAGAAGAGACAGCUGAAAAAAUAAAAGGUCUGAAUGAAGAAUCCAUCGCUCUCACCUCGGAGCGCAAUGCUUUGAAUGCAAUACUGAAUCGGGAAGCUCAAACUCCUUUAAGGAGACCAAUAGUACCUAGAAGUGGCCGGAUGGUCACAAAAAUUGUGCAGAAAUCCUCAAAUGACACCUUUAACGAUAACGAAAAAGUAUCAGCUGAGCCCAAGGUGUCUCUGAGCCGGGGAAGCAAUCAAGAGACCCCCAAAGUAAAGCCAAAAGUGAAAACUGUGUUCCCUAGGGGAUUGAUUGGAAUACAUGGAAACGAAUUUGCUGAAAAUAAAGCACCCAACUCACAAUCAAACUACGAACCCCAAUAUCAGGAUGACACUGAUACUGAUUUACGUACAACGCCAAUCGAUGGCCGUCAUUUGUCUCCUCUCGACACAGAAAGGACAUCAAAAAUUAUGAAACAGCUGGGUCCCAAAUACUAAUAAUUAUUCUAGGCCUGAAAACUUUUGGCCAUGUUUGAAGUCUGGGUGGACGAUUUAAAUGUUUGUAAAUCAAACUAUUUCAUAGACCGUAUUCGUCACUUUUUGGAAUUAUGCCAAUAUCAUGACAAG